AUGAGUAUUUACCUGGUUGUCUUCAUACUUUUGUGCUAUUUGGCUUUGAUAAAAUGCAUUUACUAUCGACACCGGCGAACUCUGAUGAAGUCGCUGAAGCGCUUGUUGAGCGUUUCGUCGAGCAGAGACUCAGACGGAGCUGAGAUCAGAGCUCUGCUUGUUACUGCGCAUCCGGAUGAUGAAUGUAUGUUCUUCGCGCCAACGAUUAUACGACUCGUCGAGUUAAAUGCCUCCGUUCAUUUGCUGUGUUUGUCUGAAGGAAACUACUACAAUCAAGGAGCUCAGCGUAGACAAGAACUUCUCAACAGCUGUGCCGUGUUGGGGAUACCAGCCUCCAGAGUCACCAUAGUAGACCAUAAAAAGCUUCCAGAUGAUCCCAAAGCAGAGUGGAGCGUCUCACUGGUCUCCUCUACCAUUGUGAAGCACAUCAGAGCUCACUCCUUCAACGUGGUGCUGACCUUCGAUGGAAGAGGAGUGAGUGGCCAUGCCAAUCACGUAGCCAUCCAUAAAGCUGUCAGGCAUCUUGCUUCCACUGGACAAGUACCCGACGACUGCUGUUUGCUCUCCCUGGUGACUGUUGGCCUCCUCAGGAAGUACAUCUCCUUCUUGGAGCUUCCCCUCAGCUGGCUGCUGCCCUCGUGCCUCUGCUGUAUUAUCGGCUCACAGGGCUACAGGCGAGCCAAGGCUGCCAUGCUGUGUCAUCGCACUCAACUGUUGUGGUUCCGUUACCUUUACAUCACCUUCUCUCGCUACAUGUUCGUAAACACGCUGCGCAUGAUUCCACAGGGACCAAAGAACCUGAAGAUCUAUUAGAAGUUCAUCACAUCCUGAAGCACUGAUUUCUACACCUCAGGGUGUCCACAGAGCACAGCCCAUGAGGUGGAAUGUUGUAGCUGUUUACAGAUUAUUUUGAUCCUAUAUUGGCUGUAAAAGCCUGAAUAUUUUCUAAAGCACUUUCCAUAAACAAAGCUGACAACCAUUUUGAAACGAUGUUUAUUAAUAUUGGUAAUUUCUUGUGUUUUUGCUACAGAUAUAACUUUCAGUCAUACACUGUAUAAAAACAACACUAAGGUUUUCCAGGUGGUUCUGUUUUUCUUCACUGUAUUAUUUCAAAAAUCUGUGAAAUACUGUUGAAUAUUUCUGAUGUAUCGCUGAUUAAAAAAUGUUUGAUUCUUGUA